AUGAGUGAAAAUUUAACACGUAAUCAAAGCAUUCAACAAGCACGACGAAUAAUUAAUGAAAAUAAAUAUUCACUUGAGUCAUGGGCUAUAUUAAUUCAAGAUGCUCAAGAGAAGAAAAUUGCUCAAGCAAGAGAAUUUUACGAAUUAUUGAUAACACAAUUUCCAACAUGUGGAAAAUUUUGGAAGAUUUAUAUUGAAUCAGAAAUGAGAGGACGAAAUUAUGAAAACGUUGAAAAAAUUUUUCAACAAUGUUUAACUAAAGUCUUGAAUAUUGAUUUAUGGAAAUGUUAUUUAAGCUAUGUUCGUGAUACCAAAAACAUACUACCAACAUUCAGGGAAAAAAUGAUUCAAGCAUACGAUUUUGCUUUGGAAAAAAUCGGAAUGGAUAUUUACUCUUAUACAAUUUGGAAUGAUUAUGUUAAUUUUCUCAGAUCUCUACAAAUUGAUGAAAAUCAAAUAAUAGCAGCUGUACGAAAAAUUUAUCACAAAGGUAUCGCUACUCCUAUGACUGGUGUAGAAGUAUUCUGGAAAGAUUAUUGCAAAUAUGAAAUGACUGUCAAUCCAAAAGCAGGUAAAAGUAUAAUUGAAAGUCGUUCUCGAGAUUUUUAUAAUACUAAACGAGUUGCAAAAGAAUUAGAAACAUUAACACGUUCUAUUGAUCGAAAUAGUCUAUGUAUACCACCAACAUCAUUACAAUCAACUGAUGUAAUAAAACAAUUAUCAGCAUGGAGAAAACUGAUUGCCUGGGAACGAUCAAAUCCAUUAAAAACAGAAGAUACUUUAUUAAUUAUUCGUCGAGUUAUUCUUACCUAUGAACAAUGUCUCUUAUGCUUUGGAUAUCAUACUGAUAUGUGGUACGAAGCUUGUGCUUAUUUAGAAAAAGCAUCUCGUAUAUAUUCUAAUCGCGGUGAUGUUAAUUUAACAAAACGUUUUCGUGAUGAAACAUCAAAUUUAUACCAACAUGCAAUACAAACUUAUAUGUCUUCAAAUAUGCUUAUUCAUUUUGCAUAUGCUGAUUUUGAAGAAUCUUGUUUCAAUAUUGAUAAAGCUCGUACAAUUUAUAAUCGUUUACUCGAUAUAAAUGUAGCAAAUUUAAAAGAUCCAACAUUAGCUUAUAUACAAGCAAUGCAUUUUGAACGACGUACUGACGGAAUUAAAGCAGCACGAACUAUGUUUAAACGUGCACGUGAAGAUUUACGUACAAAUCAUCAAAUAUAUGUUGCAUCUGCAUUAAUGGAAUAUUAUUGUACAAAAGAUAAAAAUAUUGCAUUUAAUAUAUUUAAUCUUGGUUUAAAAAAAUAUAGUCAAAAUGUUGAUUAUAUAUUAGCUUAUAUUGAUUUUAUGACACAUUUAAAUGAAGAUCAUAAUGCACGUAUUUUAUUUGAACGUGUUUUAUCCAUAGAUAAUUUAAUAUCAAAACAAUGUCAAUUACCAAUCUGGCGUGAAUUCGUUAAAUUUGAAUCUCAAAUAGGUGAUAUAGAAUCAAUAAAAAAAGUUGAAAAACGUCAAUUAAAUAUUUAUUCUGAUUUAAAUCAAUUAGAAGGUCGAGAAACUUUAUUAUUCAUUGAUCGAUAUAAAAUUCUUGAUUUAUUACCAUGUUCAACUGCUGAAUUAAAAUUACUUAAUUAUAAUAAUGAUAAUCUGUCAACAAAUUCAUCUGCAAGUUUAAAUAGUCAAGCAAUAUUAGAACCAACAGCUAGUGAUCGACGUGCACUUUUACCACGACCAGAUAUUAAACAUUUAAUGCCAUUUCAACCAACUAAAGAUCCAUUACCAGGUAGUCAUCCAACUCCUGGUGGAGUUUUUCCAUUACCAGAAACAGCACUUUUUCUUGUUAAAGCUCUUCCAUCAGCACGAAAUUUCGAAGGUCCAUUUGUUAUUAUCGAUAAAUUAAUGAGAUAUGUUGCACGUGCUGUUAUACCAGAUAGCUUUGAACCUGUCCGGAUAACUAUUCAAGGUGAACUUAUUCGUAAUCUUGGUACAAUGAAUAAUAAAAACAGUAGAAAAGCUGAUAGUGAUGAUGAAGAAGAAAAAUUCCGAUUAAAUAUGACUGGACAUACGGCAAUGAAUAUAUAUCAACAACGACAGCAAAAACGUAUUAAAUUAGAUUCAAACGGAUCUAAUGCUGAUCUAUCAAUACCUCCGGUGCUUAAUUAA